UCACCGUCGCUCGUCGCGCGAGCACACGCGGACGUCUGUAGAGUCAGGCUGCACGCGCUGCGUGUGUUUUUGUCGUCGUAUUGUUGACACAGUGACAGAUUGAGAUCAACCCCCUGUGCUGCUCUAGUAUGCACGAGGGUGAAUUCCCGUGUUGCGUUCAGCUUCAGCGCUCGUAAAUCCGCGCGAUUCGGGAAAUUGAUGCAAAAAAAAAAUAUAUAUAUAUAUUCGGUUUACUCCGUAUUGCAGAGAGGACCCUUUUUUUCCCCGAGGUAGAUCGCGACUCGAUUGCGAUCUUGACUUUACGUGAGUCGGCCCUUCGGGCACGCGGUGUCGGAGAUUCAGUGAAAGCGGAACGUUUAUUCGUCCAGUCGCGCGAAAACUUGUGAACGAGAGUGCGCUUACGAUUUGUUCAUCGACUGGUUCACUGCACCCUCGUGAGACAGACCCUGGAAAACUGGUGGAGGGUUCGAGGAGAGUUCGAGAGAACCGAGCGAGGAGCGAGCGUGCACGACGACGGCCGUUUCGCCCCCGUGAGUGACAAGUGGUCGGCGACGCGUGGUUAACCACGUGGCGCGGUGUGUGCGCCGGUACGUGUACGGCCGCCUGGGUGGCGUGAACUUUCGCGGGACUCUCUUUCCCUUGCGUGCGCGUGUGUCGCCGCGGGACAAUCGCGCGUGUACCACCCGACACGGACAGGUGACGGGUAAGGUCGUCGGUUGUCGGUCUCUCUCGGCAAGCGGACGGACGGACGCUUUGCGCGGCUUCGUCAAACGAACGACGCGCGUUACGCUCUAGAGUCAGGAAAGUUAACAAUCCGACCUUCAGCCUAUCGGUUUCUCUCUCGAGAGCAUGGUGCAACAGUGAUCAGUCCGCCAUAUAUCAUCGCCGGUGCCAACAGCAAAGGGGGUCCGUAGGUGGUAGUCUUGGUCUCGCAGCCGCCGCGAGAUGCUGAGAGCCUCGGCCGUUCAGUCCAGCCAAUCACGUAGGGUGCUGCGAUCUGUGCCGAGGGCCGUCGCGGCCUGCUAAGAUGACCGCGCGUCUACACUCGCUGAGGCACCAGGAGAAGAAAUCAGCCGGCAACAGCCACAGGCAGCAUCAUCAGCAUCAGCAGGCCGUGCAUCAGGGUCCGAGCCCAGCACCGAGCCCCAGCCCCAGCCUCAGCCCGAGCCCGAAACAUUCGGACGGACGAAGAGCUAACAAACCACUAAUGGAAAAACGACGACGAGCGAGGAUCAAUCAGUCCUUGGCGGCGCUGAAGGCGCUCAUCCUCGAUAGCGCCCGCCUGGAGAACACCAAGCACAGCAAGCUCGAGAAGGCCGAUAUCUUGGAGCUUACGGUCAGGCACCUGCAGCGGCAGAGAUCGCUCGCCCAGCCCGGGCUGUCCAGGUACAAAGCGGGAUACCAGGACUGCUCCAGAGAGGUGAGCCGCUAUCUCGAUGCGCCAGACAUCAUCACGGGCAACACCACGCCGAUGGAUCCGGCGGUGAAGCAGCGGCUGCUCCGCCACCUCGACAGCUGCGUGUCAGAGCUCGACCUGGACCUGGGCUCGCGGCCGGACAGCGGCCUGGGCAGCAGCCCGGGCAGCGUGACGGACCGCGUGGCGGGGACGACGAGCCCGGGCCCGCUGGACCACCAUGUGCCAGUCGGGCCGCAUUGCAGCGCCGCGCUCACGCCGGCCGGCCUGAUCAAGUCCGAAAUUCCGGAGAUGGUGGAGGCGGCGCGGCCGGACAGCAGCACCACCGCCGGCGACGAGAACAACAACAGCAGCCGGCCGACCUCCGCCUUCAGCCAGGUGAACCCGGUGACGUUAGACCCGCACCAUCCGCAUCAUCCGUCGGGUUUGCCGGUUGAUCAGGCCUCCACGUCGCAGCAGAAUCCGAACAUGCUCUCCGUCGUACAGGUGAUACCAUCCCGAUUGCCGGACGGCCAGGUAGUCUUCCUACUGCCGAGCCACUACGUGCAACUGGCGGCGGCGGCCGCGGCGAACGGCAUCAGCAUCGGGCCGAAUCCGCCAACGGCGAUCUGGGCGGCGACCAACAUGUCGCUGCUCAAGGCCACCGAUAAGCUGGCGAAGCGGCCGCACGAGGAAAUCGGCCAGGAAUGGCAAGAUCCCACCGGCGGCCUGAAACCGAGCAAGAGCCCGCGGAUGGAACAGCCGGAGCAACCGCUCGACUUCACCACCACGUCCAAGAAGAUGAAGACCGCCAGCUCGAGAAACUCGACGCACUCCGUCGAUCACCAUCAUCAUCUACGGCAGCAGCAGCAACAGCAGCAGCAGCAACAGGCCCGUCUACCAACCGAGACCGGCGGUCCCAUCGUCCACGAGGACAGACCGUCUAGUCACGCGGACAGCGAGGUCACCGUUGGUAUGCCCUCUCCGUCGCCAAUCGGUCCGCAACCGGUCAAGGAUGAGGAGGGUAUGUGGAGACCGUGGUAAAGAUCCGAGGCUCUUUAUCUUUGUAAAUAGAAGUGUGUGUAUGUGUAUCUCGUGGAGCGGACGUGCGAAACCGGAAGUCGCGCCGGUGCGCAGCUGCGAUCGUCGUCUACUGUGGAAAUCUUCCUUGCAUAGCUACGAUCAGGUCGUGCAUACUCGGCACGUAUCUGGAAUGUUUGGUAAGCGAAAUUGACGUAUUAGCAAUGGGAAUAAUUUUGGAGAUAUAAAAUUGUCGUAGAUUUUAGAUUUUAUUUUUAGGGGUAGGUGCGCCAUUGACAUUUUUAAAAUCCGGAUGCGAAAAGAACUAAAUAUUUUUUUGACUAAGCAGCGAUUGAAGAGACGAUAAAGAAAAAUUGUCGUAUUUCUCGUCGUUUCGAUGGCCACGCUGCAGAAUAUUCCACCGCGACACGUUCGAUUUCGAGGCUGCGUCCCUGGGCGAAAAUGCGCGUACAUUUCGCGAAAAGUGCUCCUCAAUUAGCGUAAUAUAAUUCUCAAAAGAGUGUCGAUAGCGCGCGGAGCCAAAAGUAAUUAACGCGCGAUAUUUAUUUACGUUAUUACAGAGGGAGGGGGGCGGGAAUUGGCAAUGACACAAUUUCGCGAUAAUGCAAUCCGCAAUCGGGGAGGGAUCGCGCAAUCGGCGAAAUUUUCACAGGCGCGGGAAAUUAACGCGAUUGGCGUUAAUAUCGAGAGGAAUGCUAAUUGGCGGGUGGGAAGGAAGAGAGGGCACUCGAAAUUACCCCUUUCACGCAGCCGCAAGGUCGACGUAUUUUACGUACGUUAAAAAGUGUAAUAUAUCCUCCUCCUCUUCCUCCCGUAUUAUUUCUCCGAUCUCCGGAUUUUCGCGCUCGAGGCAGAAAGUCGAGGAAAACCGCGACCGACUUUUUUUCUCCCCUUUUUUUUCCCUCUCCCUCCCGUCGCACACCACUCGCGCUUGGCUGUGGGGAAAACGGGUACACGGAAAAGGCGGUAUGCGCAUUCUCGCCUAAUAACUCCGCGCGCGCGUGUGUGACGUCAGCGUUGCCGCGCGCCGUUUCUUGCGACGGCGCUAAUGAAGCCUUUAAUUUGCAUCGCGUCCAAAAGCGCCGACGCGGUCGUUAAAUCCGCUGCAACGCCCGGCGUUGCUCUCUCUCUCGCCCGAGAAAGCGUUCGAAUAACGGGCGUUCGAAUAACGCGACCGCGGAGAUUCUCGUCAUCGGCUCCCGAGAUGAGCGAAUUCAACCGCGGGGAAGGAGGAGAAAGAGGAGAGAGGGAUAACGUAACGAGCAAAACCGCGGCGAGACACGUAACGAAACGCGGGAAUAUUUAAUGAUCUUGUAGCGUGACACGAAAAAGAUUAAGUAUUGUACAUUUUUUUUUUGUGAAGACCGCUCGCAUUGCCAUGCGCUAUUUUUGGAAACGUUCAAGGAAGGCGAAGAGACGCAUUAGUCUCUGACGGCUGUUUUAACUUCGUUAAACGGCGCCUCGUUGUUAAAUUUAUAAUCUCUCCUUUUCGGAUCGAUUGAGCCUAAACGAUCGAUCGAAUCGAUCCAACUUGGCUUGCGCCUCUCUCUCGGUCGAGGGAGAGACCGACGAGAGCGCGGGAUCGAGAAGCGGGUGCGGAAGUCGACGACGCGCAGCGACGCGAAUGCCAAAAUAGGGCGGAGUGCGAGACAGGAUUGUAAAAAAAAAAAAAGAAAACUAUACACACACGCCUAAACUUCCGCGAUUUUCCCCGAGGAGAGACAGCGAGAGGAAGGCCGGUGCCGCUCGCGGUCCCGCGAGUUUGCGAUUGUGCAAGCGACAAGAAAGAAAUCGUUCUGACGUAGUUGCGCGUAAAAACGCGCUACAAGAUAAUUGUAUGUAUGUAAAUGAUGGAGUAAUUAGUUUACGAAUUAUUAAGAAGAUAAAGAGAGAAAGGGCAGUGAGUGUGCGAGAGAAAGGGUGGGAGUGAGUGCGUUUUAGUCCGCCAUUCGUGUACAUAGCCUCUCGAUCGGAAUUAUUGCUAUUUGCGAGAUAUAGAUUUAUUUUGAUGUUAUCUAGGUGUAUACGGCGAGGAGAGAAAGAGGGUGCGUUUGCGUGCGUGUGUAUUGCGUGAGUAGCAGCGAGCGUGUUCGUUUGCGGAAGGCGCGACCGCCCCCUCCGACGGGGGGGUCGCGCUCAGCGUAGCGAGGAGUCACCAUCUCACCACCUAAUUUACGUCUGUAAUUGCUAAAUAUUCUGGGAUUCGAAUUCCUUAUUCGAUGUACUUAGACAAGGCAGUCAAUAUAGGCAUGUAUAUUGAA